AUGGCGACUUCUUCUCCGUUCAAGAUUGAAAGUCUUCUAGGCAUGCUCACUAUCAAGUUGAAUGAUGAAAACUAUCUCAAAUGGCGUUAUCAGAUUGAAUCCGUUCUGGAAGGUUAUGACCUGUUUGGUCACUUCGAUGGAACGCUAAUUGCUCCUCCUAAGUUUGCGAUUGUGGGAGAGGAACGCGUCACUUCUACUAUUACAGCUGCGUAUCGUGAAUGGUCGAGGGCUAAUAAGGCGUUGGUUAGCUUACUCAUUGCGACCUUGUCUGAUGAAGCAAUUGAGUAUGUUAUUGGAAGUAAGACUGCUCGAGAGGCUUGGUUGAGUCUUACUGAUCGCUAUGCCACCAAAGGUGCUGAUACGAUUGAGAAAUUUUUGCUUCGGCUUAAACGUAUUCUCGACCAGCUUUCCAUUGCUGGAGUCUCUGUGUCUGAUGAUGAUCUCAUGAUUACAGCCUUGAAUGGAUUCCCUGCUGAAUACGAUAUGAUCAAGACUGUGCUUGUGGCUCGUGAAACUUCCAUUUCAUUGAAAGAUUUUCCUAGUAAACUACUUGCUGCUGAGCAAAGUGUAGAGGAACGUGUUGUGUCUUCUCCAACCCCAAUUCAUGCUAUGGUUCAUCGUCAUACCUCAACUACUUCUACUCCUGGAGUUUCUCAGGACACGGCCCUGUCUGGGGGUGCUGGUUUACUUCCUACUCCUCUUGCCUUUUUUGGCACACAACACAGUUCUCGACCUUCUUUUGGUCGUGGUCGUGCAUCCAUAGGGCGCUCCGUGAAUUGA